UCGAUUUCUUUCUCAAACGUUUUUCAAAUAUUAAUAAAAAAUCUCGCACCAUGAACAAGCAAUUGUUUUCUUAUUUCAUGGUUUUUGUAGUUCUCCUCUCAGUAAUAACGAUUGUUCCAAAAACUGAGGCACAAAAGAGAUGCAGGAAAGUACUAAACCCGGGAACACAAUGUUUGUUGGCAAAGUGCAGAGAAGAUUGUUUCAAGCAGUUAAAUGGCAACGGAGUUUGUGUUGAGACGCCACCAACCUCUGGCAAGUACACAUGUAACUGUUUCUACAAUUGUGGCCCUGGACUAUGAUUUCUGUAUUUUAAACGCGUUCGAUAAUUAUGUAAACUCAGUUUAAAAACAUUAUCAUAAUCUAUAUAUAAU